GGCUCCACCAAGGGUGGAGAGGGUGAUGCUGUUGCCCUCGGAACCUUCUGGCCCUGGGAAGAGGAGGUGGCUGCCUGUGGGCCUGAUCCUGCCCUGAGCCAUGUAUCCCAAGUGGAGGUGACAAUUUUCUGAGUAGCCAUGUGGCACAGUUGGCUUUGGAGGCACAGAUCUAGAAUGUUCCGCAAUCUCUUGAGCCUCAGGUUCUUCAUCUGGAAAGUGGGACUAGUCUUUACAGAACAGCAGUGCAGCAGCCAUGGCUCCACCCUGGGUGCCCGCCGUGGGCCUCACACUGGCACCCAGCCUGGGGGGCUUCGUAGGUGCCUACUUUGUGCGUGGCGAGGGUCUCCGCUGGUAUGCCAGCCUGCAGAAGCCGUCGUGGCAUCCACCUCGCUGGACGCUGGCUCCUAUCUGGGGCACGCUGUAUUCAGCCAUGGGGUAUGGCUCCUACAUGAUCUGGAAAGAGCUGGGGGGUUUCACAGAAGAGGCUGUAGUUCCCUUGGGCCUCUACACCAGUCAGCUAGCCAUGAACUGGGCAUGGCCUCCAAUCUUCUUUGGUGCCCGGCAGAUGGGCUGGGCCUUGGCAGACCUCCUGCUCAUCAGUGGGGUGGCGACUGCCACGACUCUUGCCUGGCACCGAGUGAGCCCACCAGCGGCCCGCCUACUUUAUCCCUACCUGGCCUGGCUGGCCUUUGCCACCACCCUCAACUACUACGUGUGGCGUGAUAACCGUGGUUGGCGUGGGGAUUCACGGCUCCCAGAAUGAGGGCACCCAGCUUCCUGAGGACUGCAGCACCCGUCAGCCACCAUGGGUGGUGGCUGUCACGCUUUCAUGGCCACUAGGCCUGUUCUCUUUUUUGACCCAGGGAGUUGCCAGAGCUCAAGGUGUUCUCUGCAGAGUCCCAUCCUGGAAACAGUAUUUGACCUUUCUGUGCUGCUCCAAGCAUGCCCUUGUCGCAUAGGGCUUUUAAAGCUAAAUACAGUUUUUAACCUCCUG